UUCCGCUUGACCUCGUGCUCCUUGGUAAUGCUUCCGGGUUAUGGCGAUGGUGUCCCCCAUGUGCUGCUGAAGGAGAAAUACAAACAUGGCAUCCAUGGAAGAAAACUUCCCUCGAGGUGGCACCCAGAAAAAACCUUCAGAGAGAAAAGCACCCAGGCGACCAAUAGAGCAGGAUAACUUAUUUGAUACGCAUCAUGAAGAAGGAUCCCAGAAAAGGAAGAGAAUCCAAGAAGAUCAAGGAAAGCGGAAAAAGCUCAAGGCAGAGAAAAAGGAAGCCAUUAAAGCUAAUGCCAAAGAUUUUGAACUUCUCACGGUUGAGGCCCUGAGUGAGGGGAUGCUGCUGCUCGGCUGCGUGAAGGAGUCUAACGACUUCGAGUUAGUGGUCAGUUUGCCUAAUGGACUCACUGGAUUUGUGCAAGUGACGCACAUUUGCGAUGCCUACAGCAAAAUGCUGAAUGAGCAAGUGGCCACGGAAGAGCUCCUGGAGGAUUUGAACUCGUUGUCAGACCUGUACCCCCCUGGAAUGCUGGUCAGAUGCACCGUGACCAGCGUGGGGAAAACCAUGGAUGGAAACCAGAGUGUCAAGCUGUCAAUUAACCCCAAAGAUGUCAACAAGGCUCUGAACACCACGGCUCUUAGAUCAGGCAUGUUGCUCUCUGGCUUGGUAUCUAGUGUGGAAGAUCACGGCUACCUCAUAGAUAUUGGAGUCAGUGGUGCUAAGGCAUUUCUGCCUCGUCAGAAGUCCCAGAGUUAUAUCAAAUCAGCCAACAAAGGGGCUGAGCUGAAAAUAGGCCAGUACCUGAACUGUCUCAUUGAAGAAGUGAAAAACAACGGAAGAAUUGUCCGUCUGUCCAUCACUCAGUCGGAGGUUGCUGCGGCCAUUGCAACAGAAGAACAGAACUGGGCGCUCGGUAACUUACUGCCAGGGCUGCUGGUGAAAGCCCAGGUGCAGAAGGUGACCCCUUAUGGCAUCACUCUGAGUUUCCUCUCCUCCUUCACUGGGAUCGUGGACUUCAUGCACCUGGAUCCGAAGAAAGCGGGGAGUUAUUCACAAAGUCAGACGGUGAAGGCCUGCAUCCUCUCUGUCCAGCCCACCUCCAAAGCAGUACGUCUCACGCUGCGGCAGGUCUUCCUUCAGCCUGGCAGCGUGCUUGGCCAGCUCGCCAGCAGUCGGAUUGGCAUGGUGGUGGAAGAGUCAGUGGUGAAGAGCUUCCAUGCAAAGACUGGUGCCAUCUUUGAACUGGACGACGGCACGCUGGCUUUUGCACGUCUGAAGCAUCUUUCAGACACCAAAAAAUCCUUCAAACCUGGGGCAUUUAAGGUGGGCAGCAAGCACAGAUGUCGAAUCAUUGACUACAGCCUUAUGGAUGAGCUGGCCCUGUUGUCUUUGAAGCAUCGAAUUAUUGCUGCUCCGUUUCUGAGAUACCAAGACAUCUGUCCCGGGCACGUGGUGGAGGGCAAAGUGUUGGCUCUCAAACCCUUCGGGAUGCAGGUGAAGGUGACGGAUCACAUCAGGGGGCUGGUGCCUCGCCUACACCUGGCGGACGUGCUCCUGAAACAACCUGAGAAAAAGUACAGCGUGGGAGGCGAAGUAAAGUGCCGGGUGUUAAUAUCCAAUCCUGAAGAAAAGAAGCUGAUCCUAACUCUGAAGAAAACUCUGGUCAUGUCGAAAUUUCCAGUCCUCACGAGUUACGAGGCUGCAAAGCCCGGCUUGAUCGCUCACGGCUUCAUUGUGUGCGCUAGGGAAUUCGGCUGCAUUGUGAAGUUCUACAAUGACGUUAAAGGUCUGGUUCCCAAGAAUGAGCUGAGCUCAGAGCCCAUACCUUCCCCAGAGAAAGUCUUCUACAAAGGCCAGGUUGUCAAAGUCAUAGUCUUAAAAUGUGAGCCUGAGCAGGAGAAGUUGCUGCUGUCAUUCAAGUUGAUGAGCAGACCUGUCUCUGAGGACAGAGGAGAACAAAUUCUGAAGAAGAAUCGGGAAGUGACUUAUGAAACUGGACAGAUGGUUGAUGUGAAAAUCCUGAAGAAGAAAGAUAAUGGCCUGGAGGUUUCCAUCUUGUCAGACAAUGUUUCCGCCCACCUUCCCACAAUGCACCUGUCUGACCACGUGGUUAACUGUAAACUCCUGUACCAUUGGCUCCAAGAGGGUGACAUCCUCCACAGGGUUAUGUGCCUAAGUGACAAGGGAGGACACAUUACACUGUGCAGAAAGCCUGCAGUGAUCUCUGCAGUACAGGAGGAGCAAGUGGUGAGGAGCUUCUCUGAAAUCCAACCUGGGAUGCAGCUGGCUGGUUACGUGAGGAACAUUAUGUCCUAUGGCGUGUUUGUGGAGUUCCCAUUUGGUCUAGCUGGACUAGCCCCGAAAGCGGCCAUGAGUGACAAGUUUGUGACGGACACCAAAGACCAUUUUGUGGUAGGACAGACGGUGGUCGCCAACGUGACGAGCAUGGACGAGGAGAAGCAGCGUAUCCUCUUGUGUCUGAAGCUGUCCGAGGUCAGCUCGGAAGACCCCGUCGCUGAGAGCUUCUCCUUACUGAACCAGUGCUUUGAGGAGAUGAAGGAGGUCAGGGACAUUAUGAGCAGAAGAAAUCAUUCCAAGGUGGCCCAAAACCUCUGUGGAUUGAUGCCUGGGCAGAAACUUGAGCUGGUCGUUCAGGAAGUGAGGGGGGAUGGCUCAGCAUUCUUCAACGGCAGCUGUGUUGCUGGGCUGACCGUAACAGCCACUCGCUAUCACGUUGGAGACAAGAGUUUGGUCGCUGGUCAAAAAGCCAGGGUCUUGGUUCUCCAUGUUGACGCCCUCAAAUCAGCGGUUCACGUCUCCCUUCGAGAAGAGCUGUUGAAACCAAAAGCCAAACGGUUAACGGAAAACUCCCAGCACCCUGCGGUGGUGCAGCAUGUAGCGGAAGAGUUUGCCAUUGCCUCAUUGGUGGAAUCAGGUCAGCUGACUGCCAUUCCUGUGGCCUCUCACUUCAAUGACACCUUCCGUUUUGACUCGGAGAAGCUGAAGGUGGGACAGGCUGUCUCUGUAACCUUAAAAACCGUGCUGCCGGGUGACCAUGGUGUCCUGUUAGCAGUGCAAGGCCCAGCAAAGAAAAGGGCUUUUAUAAGGUCCCGGAAAGAGUCGGAGACAGUAGAGGAGGGCUUGGCUGCAGUGAAACACUCCCUGUGCUUCGGAGAUGUGGUCAAGGGAACGGUGAAGUCCGUCAGACCUACCUACGUGACAGUUGCCAUUGAUGACAAGCUAACGGGCUCCAUCCACACGUCCCAGAUCCUGGAUGAAGUCCCCAUAGGCACCUUUCCAACCUCCAGGCUGAAAGCUGGGCAGAAGGUGACUGCCCGGGUCAUUGGAGGCCGAGAUGUGAAGACCCACAGGUAUUUGCCCAUCACCCAUCCACACUUCACUCAGUCCGUUCCAGAGCUCAGCAUUCGACCCAGUGAUCUGAAGGGGGAUGGCGGCACAGCCCUGAGCCCCGAAGGAGACAGUCCCAGUGAGCGGCUCAGGCCCUACAAAUCUGGGCAGACGGUGACCUGCUUUGUGAAGAAGUACAACACCAUAAAGUCGUGGCUGGAGGUGGAGAUCACCCCUGAGAUUCGAGGGAGAGUUCCCCAGUUGCUGCUUUCCCUUAACCCCAAGGUCUUAAAGCAUCCAGAAAAGAGCUUCAAGAAUGGCCAAGCUUUGUCUGCAACAGUGACUGGCACAGAUGCCUCUGAGACCAACCUCUGCCUGUCACUUACAGGAGUCCAUUCGCUGGCGGAAGGAACCAUCACCCUGGGCACCAUAACGAAGGUGACGCCAAAUGUCGGCCUCACCAUUGCGCUUCCCUUCGGAAAGACUGGCAAAGCCAGCAUCUUUCACCUGAGCGAUUCGUACACUGAGCAGCCGCUAGAGAACUUCACCAUCGGGAAGCUUGUCAGGUGUUGUGUCCUAUCCAAUGAAGACAACAAAAUAGAAAUAUCUCUGCGGCAAUCCAGGACAAAUCCAAAGAGCAAAAACAAAGUGGAAGAUCCUGAACUGACAUGUGUUGAGGAUGUUCGGGAAGGCCAGCUGGUCAGAGGCUAUGUCAGAUCCGUCAAGCAGUCGGGCGUGUUCUGUGGUUUGUCCAGCUCAGUUGUGGGCCGAAUCCAAUUCUACAAAGUCGUCCCCUUCUUCAUACCGAAACAAUCCCUGUAUGAGCAAUACAUGCCGGAGGGGAAGUUCCUCACUGCCAAGGUCCUCAGUGUAAAUAAUAAAGAGAGCCAUGUUGAGCUUUCCCUCCUCUCUGAGGACACUGGGAAGCCAAGUGUCCUGCCCGAGUCGCUGGGCCUGCCGCGCUGUGACACAGACGAGGGCAAGGAGAAGAGAGAGGAGUUCAAGAAGCUGAAGGCAAAACGGAAAAGAAGAGUCUCGGAAGGCGAACAGGAGGCGAAGCCCAGGAAAAAGCGAGCUCGCCUGACGGACGAGGAUGACAGCGGCAUUGAGGUCUAUUGCCGGGAGCAGGAGGAGGAGGAGGAAGAUGAGGAGGAGAAUAAAAGGAAAUCCAAGCAGGAGACAAAACAUGCGGAGGCUCCCAGGCUGCAGGUUUCUAGUGGCUUCACUUGGGACGAGGGUUUAAAUGCCCUGGAGGUGCCAGUAUCGAAUCAGAAAGAGGAGAGCUCAGACAGCGAGGAAGAGGACAACACACAGUCCAUGAGGAAGAAGCAGACGAAGAAGGAGAAGGAGCAAGAGAAGCAGAGGGUGGAGAAGGAGCUCUCCAAGAUCGAAGCCGCCCUGAUGAACCCCAAUCGUCAGCCCCAGACGGCAGACGACUUUGACCGCUUGGUGUUGAGCAAUCCCAGCAGCUCCAUCCUGUGGCUACAGUACAUGGCCUUCCACCUCCAAGCCACGGAGAUCGAGAAGGCCAGGGCGGUGGCGGAAAGAGCACUCAAAACCAUCUCCUUCAGGGAGGAGCAGGAGAAGCUGAACGUGUGGGUAGCUUUGCUGAACCUCGAGAACAUGUAUGGCACGGAGGAGACUCUGAUGAAGGUCUUCGAGAGGGCCGUUCAGUACAAUGAGCCCCUGAAAGUCUUCCAGCACCUGGCUGACAUCUAUGCCAGCUCUGAGAAAUACCAGCAAGCUGAUGACCUGUACAACACGAUGCUGAAGCGGUUCCGCCAGGAGAAAUCCGUGUGGUUGAAAUACGCCACCUUCCUCCUGAAACGGGGCCAGGUGGAGGCCACGCACAGGCUCCUGGAACGCGCCCUCAAGGGCCUGCCAAAUAAAGAACAUGUGGAUGUGAUUUCCAAGUUUGCUCAGCUGGAGUUCCACUUUGGGGACCCCGAACACGCCAAGGCCAUUUUUGAGAGCACGCUGAGCAGCUACCCAAAACGCACGGACAUCUGGUCCAUCUACAUAGACAUGAUGAUCAAACACGGCAGCCAGAAGGAAGUACGGGAUAUUUUCGAGCGGGUCAUUCACCUGAGCCUGGCAGUGAAGAGGAUGAAGUUUUUCUUCAAGCGUUACCUGGAUUAUGAGAAGAAAUACGGCACGUCGGAAACCAUCCAGGCUGUGAAAGUAGCGGCGCUGGAGUACGUAGAGUCCAAGAGCUCUCUUGCCGAGAGCUAACUUCCAGAGCAGAGAGACUCAAAUCGUGUUGCAGACUCUGUAUGUGGUGCUGGAGGCGGAGAUCCACAGUAGUGGGCUGCCUGUGUCCAUAACUAGUGCGUUUCCUGAGAGUACCAGCAGACGGCUGGAUUGUCCAGGACCAAAGUGAGGUGGAAAGAAGUCAACAUUUACAGGAGCUUUCCAUCUUGCCCCACUGUACAACAGACUUUUAACGUGUGGAUGAUUUUGGAUCUAGUUAUUUAAGUGCUGAUUGUUUUAUACCUGGUAGAAACUGCUGUCCUCUGUACUGCUUUCCUGUCGAAAUGGGGCAGUCAGUGACUCCCCAUCAUUAAAUGCAAUGACCUGGCAUAAGCUCCCUUCUCUUUCCCCACCCACUCAUCCCAGCAUUGCUCAGAAUGUUCUCGCAUUUCACCUGCUUCGGUGUCUUUCAAGAUUUGUCUCCGGUGCCUUUGUGCUGCCAGCAAUUUAACACAACCACCUGCCUGAUUGAUUCCUCUUAAAGCCUACGGCCAUCCAAUUAAACUUGAUCCGGUGCUCGUGAGCAGCUCUAGGGUAACAAACACGGCUUGUGAUGGACACUACUUAGAAAGACAGCUGCUGCUGAGGCAGUCUCCUAAGAGGUCAUUAAACUGAGAGAAGAAACCAGGUGUUACUUGCUGAAAAAUAACCAAUCCCAUUUUAACCUUUUCCUACUUGGAAUAGGACUGCCUAGCUAAGGUUCUUAUAUGGCUACCAUCUGCGUAGUAUCCGAGCCCUUCUCAAUCUUUAAUGAAUGUAUCCUGACAUCCUCACUGAGGUAGGGCAGUGCUGUUACCCCCUUGUACAGCUGGGGCAUUGUGACACAGGUGGAGUGACUGGCCCAAGGUCCCACAGGAGGUCUGUUGCAAAACAGCAAAUUGACCCCUCACCUCCUAAAUCCUGGACUUAGCAACCUAACCACUGGACCAUCCUGCAGAGUCCAAGGGGCCCCAUGCAAGUGGUGACGCUUAGAGAACAUUUUUCAUCAAAAGGGCUAAAGACUAGAUCAUAACACAAAGAAACCUAUCUCCAUACAUCCCCAUUGCCAGCUGCAAAGGAAGUGGUGACUUCCUAAGCCACAUUAGGUUCCUACCAGUUCUUUUGUUAAUUAAUAUUUGUCUUGGACAUGUUCCAGCAAGUUCUGAGCAAAACCACCCUCUGUGUUCCUCUUUUUAAAUCCACUUAACUCCAUGAGACGAAAUCUAUCAUUAGAAGCUAUACAGUUAUAGUAUCAGGGAGCCACUGGUUCUUUUGUGCUUCUCCAGCUGAGGGGUUGUACAUCUCCUUGAAGAGCCUAAUUCCAAAUGUCGCACCCUUCUUCCUGAAAGAAAAUGUGACCUCUUCCAUUUACUGGAGAAUAGUCCACCAGCAGGAUCUCUCGUUGUUCCCUUCCGAAUCUGGGUACGGGCCAAAGACUCUUAAGUAACAUAAGUACUCAUGAGAUGACAGGGAAGAUUCUCACAUGGGUUAGUAACUGGUUAAAAGACAGGAAGCAAAGGGUUGGAAUAAAUGGUCAGUUGUCACAAGGGAGAGUGGUAAAUAGCAAGGGUCCCCCCAGGAUCUGUCCUGCGGCCUGUGCUGUUCAACAUAUUCAUAAAUGAUCUGGAAAAAGGGGUAAACAGUGAGGUGACAGUUUGGAAAUGAAACACAAUCACUUAAGAUAAUUAAGUCCAAAGCUGAGUGUGAAGAGUUACAAUGCGAUCUCACAAAACUGGGUCACUGGGCAAUACAAUGGCAGAUGAAAUUCAACGUUGAUAAGUGCAAAGUAAUGCUCAUUGGAAAAUAUAAUCCCAAGUAUACAUACAAAACGAUGAGGUCUAAAUUAGCUGUUGUCACUCAAGAUAGCAAUCUUGGAGUCAUUGUGGAUAGUUUUCUGAAAACAUCUCCAUGUGCAGCGGUAGGCAAAAAGACUAAGAGAAUGUUAGGAACAUUAGGAAAGGGAUAGAUAAUAAGACAGAAAAUAUCAUAAUGCCACUGUAUAAAUCCAUGGUAUGCCCACACCUUGAAUACUGAAUGCAGAUCUGGUCGCCCUAUCUCAAAAAAGAUGUAUUAGAAUUUUUAAAAGUACAGAGAAGGGCAACAAAAUGAUUAGGGGUAUGGAACAGCUUCCAUAUGAGGAGAGAUUAUAAAGACUGGGAUUGUUCUGCUUGGUAAGGAGAUGACAAAGGGGGAUAUGAUAAAGGUCUAUAUAAUCAUGA